AUGUCAAAGAAUUUCAGCGAAGAAGAAAUUGAUAAUUUUCGUCAAUGCUUUCAAUUAUUUGCUCCACAAGGCUAUGUUGAUACGCCGGAUAAAUUGUGUUUUAUAAUGCGAUCGUUAAGUAUGGCACCAACAAUCGCGGAACUGAAGCGAUAUUUUACUAAAUACAAAAAAGUAGAUGCUGGUGUCGUUGAAUUCGAUGACUUUCUCAAAAUCGUGUUGGAACAUCGAUCAACAGAGAAUACUCCAAAUGAGAUCAUGGCUGCAUUUCAACUCUAUGAUACACAACGGCAUGGAUAUAUCGAUGCGAAGCAGUUAAGGUACCUUCUUACCAAUACGGGAGAAAAAUUAACUGAUAAAGAUGUCGAUUUGAUUUUACGCGAAUUGAAUAUCGGCGGAGAAGGGAACGGAACAGAUAUUGUGUCUUCUUCCUCUCGACAUUAUGUAUUCGGAUACCAUUGCACGCGAACAGCAAAUCUGCGAAUAUACACAUCACACAAAGAAACAAUCAACUGUAUCAACAAAAACAACCAAGUCACUGGCUAUCCUACGAAAUAA